AUGGGCAUGAGGAUCAAACUGCAAAGCACCAACCACCCCAACAACCUGCUGAAGGAACUCAACAAGUGCCGGCUCUCAGAGACCAUGUGCGAUGUCACCAUCGUGGUGGGGAGCCGCUCGUUCCCGGCCCACAAAGCCGUGCUGGCCUGCGCGGCUGGCUACUUCCAGAACCUCUUCCUGAAUACCGGGCUGGAUGCUGCCAGGACCUACGUGGUGGACUUCAUCACCCCCGCCAACUUUGAGAAGAUUCUGAGCUUUGUCUAUACUUCAGAGCUCUUCACAGACCUGAUCAAUGUUGGGGUCAUCUAUGAGGUAGCCGAGCGCCUGGGCAUGGAGGAUCUCCUUCGGGCCUGUCACUCCACCUUUCCUGACUUGGAGACCAGUGCCGUGGCCAAGCCCCUGGCCAGCGGCGGGGAGAGCCACUCGGGUACCCAGAGCUGUAGCUCAGCAGAGCCUGCCUAUCCCCUCGGAGACCUCCGGGGGGGUGGGGAGCACUUUGGUCCCGAGAGGAACUAUGUAUUACCUAGUGAUGCUGGAGGAAGCUGUAAAGAGGAAGAGAGAAAUGUCACCGGUGACACUAAUCAUAGCCUGUCUUCCCUGCCACCAAAGGCGGAAGACCAUGAUGCCCCUCCUCCUUUCACCUCCGUUCCUAGUAUGGUGACUCAGCCGGUCCUCGGCACCGUCAGCAUGGGCAUCCAAACCAGCACGAGCUCCUGCCAGCCGUACAAAGUUCAGAGCAACGGAGACUUCAGUAAAAGCAGCUUCUUCCCCCCUGACCAUGCAAUUGACAUUACCACUGGGACCAACUCCUGUCUGAGCAAUAGCGACCACUCCAAAGAUCCGGGCUUUGGGCAGAUGGAUGAGCUCCAGCUGGACGACCUGGGGGAUGAUGACUUGCAGUUUGAAGACCCCACCGAGGAGAUCGGCACAGCCGAGGAGGUGAUUGAGUUGAGUGAUGACAGCGAGGAUGAGCUGACUUUUGGAGAGAAUGACAACCGAGAGAAUAAGGCCAUGCCCUGCCAGGUGUGCAAGAAAGUUCUAGAGCCCAACAUUCAGCUCAUCCGACAGCAUGCUCGGGACCACGUGGACCUGCUGACGGGCAACUGCAAGGUCUGCGAGACCCACUUCCAGGACCGAAACUCCCGGGUGACCCAUGUUCUGUCCCACAUUGGCAUUUUCCUCUUCUCCUGCGACAUGUGUGAAACUAAGUUCUUUACCCAGUGGCAGCUGACCCUCCACCGACGGGAUGGGAUAUUUGAGAACAACAUCAUUGUCCACCCCAACGAUCCCCUUUCGGGGAAGCUGGGUUUGUUUUCCGGGGCAGCCUCCCCAGAGUUGAAAUGCGCUGCCUGUGGGAAGGCCCUGGCCAAAGAUUUCCAUGUGGUCCGGGGGCACAUCCUUGACCAUCUGAACCUGAAGGGCCAGGCGUGCAGCGUCUGCGACCAGCGCCACCUCAACCUGUGCAGCCUCAUGUGGCACACGCUGUCCCACCUGGGCAUUUCGGUCUUCUCGUGCUCCGUCUGCGCCAGCAGCUUUGUGGACUGGCACCUCCUAGAGAAGCACAUGGCCGUGCACCAGAGCCUGGAGGACGCGCUCUUCCGCUGCCAUGUGUGCAGCCAGGGCUUCAGGUCGGAGGCCGCCUACCGCUACCACGUCAGCCAGCCCCGGUGCGCCCGUGGCCCUGACGGCCGGCCCGCUUCGGGGCCGCGGCACCCCGCCCUCCAGAAGCGGAAGCUGCCCGCGGAGGAGUUCCUGAGCGACGAGCUGGCUCUGCAGGGCCAGCCCGGGAACAGCAAGUACAGCUGCAAGGUCUGCGGCAAAAGGUUUGCCCACACGAGCGAGUUCAACUACCACCGGCGGAUCCACACGGGCGAGAAGCCGUACCAGUGUAAGGUGUGCCACAAGUUCUUCCGAGGCCGCUCAACCAUCAAGUGCCACCUGAAGACACACUCGGGGGCCCUCAUGUACCGCUGCACGGUCUGUGGCCACUACAGCUCCACGCUCAACCUCAUGAGCAAGCACGUGGGCGUGCACAAAGGCAGCCUCCCGCCCGACUUCACCAUCGAGCAGACCUUCAUGUACAUUAUCCAUUCCAAAGAGGCGGAAAAGACCCCGGACAGCUGACUGGGUCCCGGCAGAGCUACGGGGAGCUCCCAGGCGGCAGCCAGGACGUUGCUUUUCUAAUGGCUCUUGGUCCCUCUCCAGCCGAAGUUUCAAUUUGGCCUUGCUAGGAAUUCCGUUCUGUCUUGCGGUUAAAGAAGAGAAAAGAAGAAAGAGCACACGAGCUGUUACUGUUUUGGAGAAGCAACGGCCCUAUCACGUUUACCUCCUUCCCUGUUCUUGCCCACGAAGGGCUGCGGUUUUGAUCCUUCGGA